AUGUCUGGUUCGGAGGAGACUGUGGCAGAUGUCCAUGCUGGUCCAUCUAUUGAAGUGGAUGAAACGUCAGAGUUGGUAGAUAUCAAAAACAAAAGAAAGAUUCUAAAAGGUCGAAUAACACGAGCUAUAAACCGUGUGAGAGAAUCUUUGAGAAAUAAUGAUACCAACAUUAGAAGAAUCAAAAGAGAACUGAGUGAAAUUAAACAGGAUUGUGAGACUGUGAGAACCUUAAAUAAUAGUCUUUACAAUUUAGUUCUUUCUUCUGAGACAGUUAAACUUGAUAAAUGGGAUGAUGAUUUACUUUCCACAAUAUUUGAUGUGGAGGAAGAGAUUGAAGAUUACAUUACUUCACUAAAUAGACACAAUCAGAGCAUUCGUUCCCCAUCUCCUGUUGUUGUGCCAAGAAACCAAGAUUUGCUAGAAGCAAAUGAGAAUGACAAUUUGUUGAAUCCUACACCAUCACAUGUUCCCGUUAGUCCAUCUAUGGAUGAGAGUCCCCCUAGUAAUUUGUCAACUACAUCAGAGAUACAUGUACAACCUGAGUUAAACCCCAUUACCCAUUCUACAGUAUCCAGAGAAACAUCUAGAAAUGCUACUUCAUCCUCACCUUCAAAUAAACCAUUUGACUCAUGGAUCGAUGAGCUGAAAGAAUACACUGAAACUGAUCUGAAUAAAAUUUUAUUAUUUCUGUAACAUAAUUCUGCUUGGAAUAAAAGACAUUACUGGAAGUUUGUCUUAUCUAGAACCUUCUUCGCCCCCUAAGGAUAGUCUGGAACAAAAGAUUAAAAAUUUUGACCUAUUGGUAAUACAGGUGGCAUAUUUUGGUAGAUGUGGACAAAUUUCAAUGACAUGUACUGGGCUGGGCCAGUUUCUUAUCUGAGAAAUCACAUGUUGUUCGUUUCUUUAUAAUAAGGUUUUUUCUUACGAAACAUUGCCAUUGACCGACCAAGAACAUUAGAUUAGUUGGAAAACCUUGGACAAAAUCACAUCCAUAAGAUCUCGUGUACUUUAAAAGUGUUAUUUAAAAGAAGCAUCAUACGUUUAAGGAAAAAUAAAUUAGCCGAUUUGAUCAUUAUAUUACCUAGAGGUGUUUUGAAGUAUAUUAAAGGACCUCUCACUUACAGGUGUAACAGAAUGUUCAAAAUAGUUCAUAUAUUGUUGGCUGGUUUACUCCUCUGGACCACAACUUUAGCUGAUGUUGGAAGUGACAGUGGUGCCAAGUACAUCAAGAAAGAAUACAGCCAACUGGAAAAAGCUAGAUUACUCGGACAAGCUCUAUUAGACAACGAUCAUCUAUUUAGACAAUUAGAAGCUAUAUAUUUUGCUUAUAGCGAUUUUAAAAAGACCCUACCACCAAGUCAAGCUAAUGGUGUAUUCGGUGAAAUAGUUCUUGGUAUGCUUCCAAAAAUCUUACGUAGUCCCGGUUUACAAGAUAUUACUCAUAUCAUCAUUGAUGAGGUUGGUAUGGUUAGUACCUCUAAGGUGAUGGAGAUGGCUAAAGCGAAUCAUUGGCAGCUGAACAAUCCUAACGUGACUAAAGCUUUUAUGUACACCUACCAACAAAAUCUCGACUAUACGCGUCUUAUCAAAAGAAUAAUGAAAGCAUUGUUAACAUUCAAACUCUGAAAUGAAACUGUAUUUUCUUUCCUUUUUGUAUGUUCCUUGAAAUAAUGAAGCUUGGCAAAAAACACUUUUUCUAUUUUACUUUUUCCUGAACUGAUAUUUUUAUACGCUUACCAACUUAUACGGUUUUAAUAAAAUUUUGCAUGCAUUU